UGAAAACAGUUCCUCCGACAAAUGAGAUUUCACCACGUUUAGCGUUAACGGCCCGGUGGUGUUGUGGAAUCAACUAGAAAGUUAAAACUCAUCCAAUUUUUUUUAGUAAGUAGAUCUAGAGUCUAGUCUAGAUCUAGAAUAUAAAUAUAGAAUCUAGGACUGUUACAAAAAAUGAAGGCUUGGUAUUGUUUGUGCAUUGUUAGCAUUAGUUUGCUAAUAUUAAGUGCUGUUUUAGUAUCAGCAACUGAUUUUGAAGAUGAGGAAGAAGAUAAGGAUGAUGGUAUUGUAGAAACAGAGGAUAAAGAGGAACCACAAAUCUUCCAUAAAGAACGGCCUGUAUAUGAAAGACCAGUACCCAGUGGUCAAACAUAUUUUUAUGAACCAUUUGAUACAAGAGCAGAGUUUUUAAAAAGAUGGGUUCAAUCACAAGCUAAAAAAGAUGGAGCUGAGGAACAUCUUGCUAAAUAUGAUGGAAAAUGGGUUAUUGAUGAACCAAAGGAGAGCCCUAUUAUCAAUGAUUUAGGACUGAUUCUUAAGUCUAAAGCCAAGCAUCAUGCCAUUGCUGCAAAGCUGGAUAAACCAUUUGAAUUUAAUGGAAAACCAUUGAUUGUUCAGUAUGAAGUGAAGUUUCAGAAUGGUAUUGAUUGUGGUGGUGCAUAUAUUAAACUUCUAUCAAAGGGAGAAAACCUUAAUUUGAAAUCAUUUACAGACAAGACACCAUACACCAUAAUGUUUGGCCCAGACAAAUGUGGUAAUGAUCAUAAGCUCCAUUUCAUCUUCCGGCACAAGAAUCUUAAAACUGGUGUUUUUGAGGAGAAGCAUGCUGAAAAACCAACUGCCAAAUUGGAUAAUUUUUUUACGGAUAGAAAGACACAUCUGUAUACAUUAACUGUAAAUCCUGACAACACUUAUGAGGUGAAAGUAGAUAAUGGAGUAGUCGCUUCUGGAGAUUUACUAACCAAUUUCAGCCCUCCUGUAAAUCCACCCAAAGAAAUUGAAGACCCUGAUGACCAAAAGCCAGCAGACUGGGAUGAUAGAGAAAGAAUCCCAGACCCUGAAGCCAAGAAACCAGAAGACUGGGAUGAAUCUGAACCAGCAACUAUUAUUGAUGAAGAUGCAGUAAUACCCAGUGGUUGGUUAGAAGAUGAGGAAGUAUAUAUUCCAGACCCUUCAGCUACCAAGCCAGCUGAUUGGGAUGAUGAAAUGGAUGGGGAAUGGGAAGCACCACGCAUUGACAAUCCCAAGUGUAAGGAUGCUGCUGGCUGUGGCAAGUGGGAAAAGCCUAGCAUUCCGAACCCAAAAUACAAGGGCACUUGGAAAGCUCCAAUGAUUGAAAACCCCAACUAUAAAGGAGAAUGGAAGCCAAAAGUAAUCCCUAAUCCAAAUUAUUUUGAAGAUAAAAAUCCUUACAAGAUGACCCCAAUUGGUGCUAUUGGCCUAGAGCUGUGGUCUAUGACAGACGAUAUCUUGUUUGACAACUUCAUUAUUGCUGAUAAUGAGACAGUAAUUAAUGAAUUAACUGCUCUUACUUGGGAAGUAAAGAGCGUUCAAGAGCGAGCAGCAGCAUCCACUGGGAGUUGGUGGCAGGCAAUAAAGAGCUCCACUGAUGAACGACCAUGGCUGUGGGCUGUUUAUAUAGUGGUUCUUCUUCUGCCAAUAGUACUUUUAUCAAUCUGGCUCUGUCCAAAAUCAGGUCCCUUGAAGCCUGAAGAUAUUGAUGCUCACAGAAAGAAGUUUGAUGAUCCUUCCCCUGAUGAUGAGGUUGAUGAAGUUAAGGAUGAAGAGGCAGAAAAGACAGAAGAAGCUGAGGGAGUCACAGCUGAAGCCCCAGAUGAAAUUUCUGAAGCUGGAGCAGGAGGAGAUGGCAAUUCACAAAAUGAAGAGGCAGAUGAAGGAGAUGAUGAAAGUGAAAGCAAGGGCUCACCUAAGAAAACAAACAGCCCAAGAAAAAGGAAGACUAGAAAAGAAUAAUUGCCAUAAGUCACUAGUGACAUUUGUAUUCUGCAUCUGUCAAAAAACAAGAUAUUUCUUUGCAUCAUAUCCAAGUUGUCAUUUAAUGUGAAAUGCACAUCAUUCAUAACAUUUUAACACCAUUCAACAUGCAUUAUUGAUCACGUAAACCUGCUUAUGUUAAACCUAUGUAUUUUGAUGAAACAAAUCUUAUAAAAAAGGCAAAAUGUCAAAUAAAAGGACAAUAUGUAUUAUUAUUAUUAUGCUCAGGAGCACUGUGUUGAUUUACAAGUUAGUGAUAGGUUUGAUUGGUUGGUAAUGUGAGAUUUUAAAUUUACAAUGUUGAAUUGUACUUUUAUUCAAAAGAUAAGUGAAAAUAUUGUUUGAUGAGAGGAGUAUUUAUUUGUUUGUCAGUGGAACCGAAAAAAAUAAGUGCAUUGCAAUACACUUGGCUCAUUGAUUAACUAGAAAUAUUCUUUGUUUCAUGCCUGAAGUAACACAUUUGAGUUAAGUUUGAGAAAUAUGAUUAUUAGUGAAUAAUUAUUUCAUGAGUAAGGGAUCUCAAAAUGAAAAAUAUAACAUUGCUUUUGUAAAAGGUAUUAAAAUUGUAAAGAUAAGAAUGGCAACUUUUAAUUAAUUUUGUCAUCCAAUUGGAAUUUCAUUUUUAAAGUGACUGCCUUUAGUUGUGAUUAAAAUCUUUACUUAUAUUUUAGAAGUGGUUUGAAACUGAAAUAUAAGCUUUUGAAAUGGGUUUAAAUGAUUCAAAUUUUGUGAUUGAUUGAUAUUUAGUAAAUGUUCCAAUAUGAAAUGAGACUAGAUGUUGUGUGUAAACAUUAGAAUUGUAUUUUAUUCAGAUUCAUAUUUUACAAAAAAAAAAAAAUCUAAACCUAUCUUUUUCCUCAUUUUUUGUGGAUUUAUUUCAUUUAUAAGCCCUCCUACCUGAACAAAAUAUUCUUGCUGUCGUAAAACAAAGUAGUAUAGAUUCAUAUAGUUCACCACUUGUAUACAUGUUUGCUCUAAUUGUGGGAAUGCAAGUUACUUAGUUGAUCAGCAUACAUUUUUUUGCCUAAUAUACAUGUUUUUAGUUAGCUUCAAAUGCUGUAAUCAUUUAAUAUUUUAUGGUUACAAAAAGAACUUUAUAACUGAAUGAGACUUGAAAAUAAAUUUGAAACAUAAAAAGAUCUAUAGAAAAUUAGGUGCAGGUGUUAUAAAUGUGAAGGCUUGAAUGUGGAAUGAUUUUUGCUGCCUUGCCAUGGACACUCACACUUCUUAAGUGUCUUGUGUGGGCCUCAUCAGCAAUGCUGUGAUAAUAAAUGCUUUGCUCCAUCUAUACAUGUUUUUUAUUUUUUUAAGACUCUGUAAAGCCUAGUUAUCUUAAAUAUUUCUUCUGUUUGCAUACCCCUAUUUGGACCCAUUUAUAUUUAAUUUCAUAAAUCCAUAAACACUUAUUGUCAAGAUGCAUAUAUAGAUCUAUGUAUAUUGCUAUCAAAUAUUCCCUUAGGUAUGUUUAUUUUUUACAUCUUCAUUAGUCUGUUUAGUUCUGUCUUGUACCUAUAAACAAUGUAAUGUAAUAAUUAUCUCCUCCAUGCUUGUAUCACUGGGUAGAAAGGUUAUUUUGGUCUCACAAAUAUUUUUAAUUAUAUAAUGCUCCACAGAUUUAGUUUACUUUUAACUUGUUCAAAUUAGUUGUUGAAAUGAAAUAUAUUUUUACUUUCCAGUUUUUAUUUUUCUCUUGAAAUUGGACUUUUUUGUGUAAUUGCUGCACAAAAUAAUUCAAAUAGUGUCCCUCUAAUGGUUUGUUUUAUUUUACAAAAAUUUUUUUUUGUUUUAAAUCACAAAUUGACACUUGCCAUUAGUAAUCUUAGAUGUAAUUUCCAUAUAAUAAAAAAUUACUGACUUGCUCUAUGUAUCAAUUAUUUUCUGCUUAAAAGUUGUUUUUUAUGCAUGCCAAUGGAAUAUAUAUAUAUAUAUAUAUAUAUAUAUAUAUAUAUAACCUUUUAAAAUACGGUUUAUAAAGUAAAUUCCUGCAUGGAGAUAUUUUGGUCUGCUUAAUUUAUCAGACAUAAUUUAACAGAAAACAGAUUUUCUAUUUUUUUAAGUGUGUAUGUACUAUUUUCAUUGUAUGUUUUUAGUUUAAUGUUUAAUAUAAAAUCAUUUAGCACUAAAACAGGUCACACGUCAGUGGCUAUCAAAAUUCUAAAUAGUUAAAAAAAAAGUUUUGUCUUAAAAUUUAUUUUGUUAAAAAAAAUGCAUUCCUUGUUACCUCACUAGGCAUUUCUAAUAGAACUGCAGACUUUUAUGCAUCAACUGGACCACUUUAUCAGUUAAUGCACAAGUCACGUGUUCCUAUUUGCUUCUAAAGUUUUUUGUUUAUUCAUUUUUAAAAAGUAAUUCAAAUUCCUUAAUACCUGUUUAGAAAAAUAUCUAAAAUAAAUUCAUUCCUUUUAUUCUCAUACCUAAUUUUAAGUUGGAAAUGCAUGGGGAAAGUAUGUUUAUAUUUUGUUAAACAUAUUGUAUUUGUAUCAUUGGUAUUGAAUGAGGUUUUCUAAUGCAGAAUGAAUAAAAAAAAUAAUCAUCUUUAUUUACAAUUUAAAAUCAAAUUUUGGUAUUUGAAAAAUGCAUCUCAUAUACUUGUUUCAUAAUAAAUGCCAUAUUAAACAACAGCAACCGUGCAAUAAAGUUACUUAAAAACACAUUCUGUAUUAGUGCUAGUCAAUCUUUAAAAAAAACAACUUAAUCCUGAGGUUGCUUUUGUUUAUCUUACCAAUCACACUCAAUUUUAAAUGUUUCUAUUCUAUUUUGUCCUUGAGUUUGCCCAAAAUCAAGACAAAAAAUGUUAGUUGUUAAUGUGGUUGUUUUUUUUUUUUAGUAUUUUAAAGCUUAUUUUAAAUUCUAUGCAUUUCAUUCCUGAUGUCAUACUUUGUUAACAUUGGAAUAGUUGAAUGUUUAAUAACCAGAGGUGCUUUUUAAAUCCACAGUUCUCUAAGUUAUUGAGUUCAUUUUAUAUUGUCACUUUGUCAUUAAAAGUAUUAGGUUUAAUUUACCAA